AUGAUGGAUCAAUCCAUGGUCUUGUUGAACGCUCAAGUCCAAUUUCUGGAAACCAAACUAGCAAUUGUGCACAUCCCAUUACACUUAUAUUGCCACUUCAUACAACCAAUAUUGCGUCUACUGACCCUCACGGACAGUACGGACGAGGUGGAUGGACUGCCUCGUAGGAAAUGGGCAUAUCCAAACUCCUUUACCAAUAUUUCUGUCACAACGAUCGAGUGCUCAAUAGUUUGUCCACGACCCCUCGUCGAUGAGCUAUUCGUACCAUUGAUCGACAGACUGGAUGCAAAGGCGAAACAAGCUGUUAUCAUCAGCAAUGACGACUUUGUUGUGUUACAAGUCGGAGGUGAAGGUAUGGAGGCCGGACAAAGAGUGUUGGAUCUAACAGCACCUCUUGCGCUCGCCGGAAUCUCCAUCUUCUUCAUCACAAGUUACUACAGUGACUUUGUGCUCGUGCCAUUCAACGCCAAAUCCACAGUCAUCUCUGCCUUGGAGGAACGUGGUUUUGCUUUCGAGCCCGUAUCUAAUGGCCAUGGGGCAAACAUGACUAAUGUCUCUUCACCGCUCCACUCCCACAUCCGCAACAGCAGCAGCUCUUCCUCACUUGACCUCCAACCACCCGGCACACCUCCACCAGCCACAGUUGCCGAAUGGCAAACUAAAACUUUUUCUACUCUUCACCGCAACGACAUUCUGCCUGUGGUAAACCAAGCCUUGGAACUACGUUCGUGUGCCGGCUAUCGCAGCGACAGCGCAGACAUCCAUGAUGCAAUCCAAUUAGGUAUACUCAAAUCCCUGCUCACCAACCCACGAUUCAUGUCUAUCACCCUCACACAAACGGACACUGUAUCUCUGACUCUGGACCAAGAACUACUAUCCCAAUUCCCUAACUCUGGCGAAGGCAUACUGCUUCAAAAUGAUCAGGCUUACUUCGCCAUCGUCUUUGACUUGCGCAAGCUGCCUGAAGAAAGUACUGGUAUCAUUUGCGGUGUUGCUGGUCGUUUGUUGGAGAGAUUGGGCGAUGGAGGACAGGGGGAGGGUGCAUUCAAUAUGAGUUAUUUGUCCACGGCCAGGACGGGUAACGUCAUUGUACGAGAGGACGAGGUCAACGAGGCACUGGAGGCGCUCCUGGAAGAGGAGGCUAUGAGUGUCGACAGUCCUAUUUGCAUGGCUAAUGGUCACUGA